UGAGUGGGAGGGUGUGUGGUUGGUGGCGGUGGUGGAUGUGGUAGAGGAGGAGGAUCAGGCUGGAUCAGCUGGGAGUGAGAGCUACACUCUGCUGUCAAACACCCCAGGAGGAGGAGGCUGCCGCUGCUGCCGCUGCUGCUGCCAUGCAGACGUGACACGGAGGCGAGCGUCGCUCGUCCUCUCUCUCCUCUUGACCACCGCCUCUUGCUGCCGCUUGCCCUCGAGGUCGGGUUGUAUUCCGGACCCCGGCGCGAUGCCCUGCGUGGAAAUGAGACCACGGUUUCCCCGGUGGUUGGCCACGCUCCUCCUCCUCCUGCCGCUUGUCCUGGUGCUGUGGGUUGGCACGACCCAGUCCCAGACAGCGCCGGAGUGUCUAUCGGACGGGCACCGCGUGAUAGACAACGCUUACCGUAGCGUGGACUUCAACUCUCUGCAGCUCCAGCAGUCGGCAAUUCACGAGCUGGUGUGUGACCACUCGCUGGCGCCGGGCUGGUAUCGCCUGCUGCUGGCCGGCCGGCCCGCCGAGAUGCCAACGCAGUGCGUGCUGAUGAACCAUUGCGGGACGCAGGCGCCCGUGUGGCUGUGGCUUCGCGACUCGGAGCAACUGCCCCGGCCUGGAGAGUCUCCCCGGCAGGUCACGGGUUGCGCCACUUGGCAAUUCUUCCCUGGCGCGGCGGCGCGUGACUGCUGCCUCUUCCGCAUCCCCGUCACCGUUCGCAGCUGCGGCGACUUUUAUGUCUACUACCUGCGGCCCACGCAAGGCUGCAUGGGCUACUGCGCGCAAGUUACUGCUGAAGUCGGAGCGAAGUCUUGCAAACUGGGAGAGGUAGAAAAGGAUGGCUCUUGUCAAAGUGACCAUGCCACGCUUCCCACCCUGCCGUCGCCGCCCGUCGUGUCGGCGGAGCGAGGCUCCGACGGAGCGCUGCACCUCCGGUGCUCCUACCAGCGACCGACGGGGAACGCCACCCUGGGCUACGGCGUGUCGUGGGUGCGGCUCUCCCACUCGGGGCAGCGGGAGGAGGUGAAGCGCGAGACGAGCAUGCAGACCUUCUCCUUCCUCGAGGUGGAUGGAGUCAACGUCGUACUGGGCGACACGAUUUUCUGUGGGGUAACGACAUUCUACCUGGACUUUCCAGAAACCCAGGGCUCACCUUCUGUCAGUGAGGGCUUCUUUGCUGGGAUAAAGAUGAGCCCGAGCAGCCUGGAGCUGGCGGAGGAUGGGGCAGAGCACGAGCUGCACGUGGAGAGCACCGUCCCACUGCCGUGCUCACUGCACCUCGGGCCGCAUCCCUCCUGCCGAAUCGGUCUCCGCCUCGUCACCGAAAACCAGGACCCACUGGACCAGAUGCCCGUUGAGGUGGCUCUCUCCAGCUGCGAGGUGGAGUUGGCCCCAGCGCUGUGCCCGGACGGGCUGGCCUGCAUGCUGCGCCACCAUGCAAGCGCACGCGUGCACCUCAAGGCCGUGACGGAUUUUGCCAGGGACGGGAAUCGCGUGGCCCUGGUCCACAUUCUUCCCAAGCAUUCUGGGAGCCCUCUCUGGGAUUCGUACAAGCCCCGGCCUGUCACAGUGACGGUGAAGGAUGUUCCAACAGCCCACUGCUAUGCCAUCACGGACCCCCAUGUGGUCACUUUUGAUGGGAGGCGUUACGAGAACCCGCGGCCGGGCACGUUCGUGCUCUACCGAAGCUCGCGACGCGAGUUCGAGGUGCACGUGCGGCAGUGGAGGUGCGGCUCGCGGGUUGGCGGUGGGCCAAGGCCGGGUGACGGCAGCACGGGAGGGGGAGGAGGCGCGUGCGUGUGCGGCGUCGCGGCUCGGGAGGGCCGUGACACCGUCACGUUCGACAUGUGCAGCGGCAGUUACCUGGAAACGCGACCCCACUUGUCGCUGCGGGGCGCCGCCCCCGCUGCCUCUCCCGGCCUCCGCAUUGCCGAGGCUCGGCAGGGGAAGAAGGUCACGAUCUCGUUCCGCUCGGGGGCGUUGGUGCGCGCCGACGUGAGCGACUGGGGCAUGAGUGUGAUGGUGCGGGCGCCCAGCCGCGACUUCAACGGCACGCGGGGCCUGUGCGGCACGUUCGAUGGGGACCCGGCCGGCGACUUCCACGACGCUGCGGGAGCACCGCUCCCCGAACCGCCACGGCCAUCGCACCCUCGCAGCUUCAUCGAGCAGUGGAGAAUUCCAGCUGGCGAGAGUCUGUUCGACAAGAGCGCCGUGUCGCUGGAAGAUGAGAAGCCUCGCGAUUACUGCGACUGCAGCAGCCAUGCGUCUGCAGGGAAGAGUGCUCGCAGCUCCAACAUCCUAAGCGUCUCUCCCUCAGAAGCGAUGACUCGCCCCGGUGUCUGCUCGGGCUCGGCCGACGUGGACAGCACCAGCAUUGUGCCCGGGCUGGACGUGACGAGCGAGUACACCAGCUCGGCCGAUCAAGACCGAUUCGAUGACAGGAAACGGAGGAGAAGCACACGGCAUAGAGAGGGAAGCACGUCGGAGCGUCACCAUUUUGAUCUCGUUGCACAUCCAAGGACACCUGUCCCGAAUGGUAAUUUAAGCACCGAGGGUUCGACACUCCGAAUGGACUCCACAAAAAUUCCUCGGUGGAGCGCCAGGUUCUUGCAUCCGGACAGGCUGCGGAAACACCGGCCGAGGGCAGCGAGGGGCAGGAACGUGAUGUGGACGUCCCGCGCACGGCGUCAGCCUCAGUACUACGAGCUGCCACCACCGUACCCCUUCCAGAGCUUGAGCCAAAGCGACCUGGAGAGCCUCAGCUACUUCUUUCCCGAUGACCACGCCCCCGCGGGAGGGAGCGAGCGAGACAGCGACCGCGCUGAGCCCCGCUGGCCGACGCCGCGGGGAGGCCUCAGCCAGAGCCGGGCCCGGGAUGUGUGCCACUUGGCACUGCUCAAGUCCGGUGUGGGGCGAGCGUGUGGCUCGCUGCUGGGACCUGCCGUGCUCUCUGCCGCCGUCGACAUGUGCAUUGCGGACCUUCGUCUCAAGGACGACCUCACGUGGGAAGACGCCGUGCUGCCGUUCCUGGAGAACGAGUGCGAGCGGCGUUCGCUGGAGUUGCGGCUCUCACCCGAGUGGGGCCCUCGGGGGGACCACCCCCCCACGGAAGUGGCGUCGGCCCUGCGCUGCCCGGCUGCGUGCAGCGGGAACGGCCGCUGCACCGAGUGGGGCUGCGUGUGCCUCGUCGGCUUCAGCCACUACGACUGCGGCGUGUCCAGCACACAACCCCCCGAGCUCUCGGACCUGGAGAACGGCGGACUCUGCGAUAUCCGCGUGUAUGAGUGCAACACCGUGCGCGCCUUCGGCUUGGACUUCCACGACUCGGCCGACCUCCAGUGUCAAACCACCAAGCUGCAGUUCGUGGACGGGGAGUGGAUACUGGGGGAGCCAAAAGUGACCAAGGCCUUGUUCCUGAGCAGCCGUGCCGUGGAUUGUCAGCUACCGACCAGUGAGCCCAUGGACAUGUCCAUUGGCGAGACUCCGAUUGCUCGCUAUCAAGUCAGGGUAGCCAAUGAUGGGCUCACCUUCAGCGAUGCUAAAAUCCUGACCCUGUAUGAUGGUGUUUGCCAGAACUGCAGUCGGAGCCCAAACGGCCUUUGUAAGUUGAAGGAGAAGACGUGCAACAUCGAUGGGCUGUGCUAUGGCGAGGGAGACCCGAACCCCACCAGCCCCUGCCUUCAGUGCAAGCCCGACGUGUCCAAAAUCACCUGGUCCAUCAAUGAAAACAACCAGCCGCCGCUGUUUCAAGCAUCCGGCGAGCGACUGCAGACGUUCGUCGGGGAGAACUUUGUGUACCAGCUGGCGGCCAUGGACCCUGAGGGCUCGGCCGUGCUGUUCGUGCUGGAGUCGGGCCCCGACGGCGCCACACUGUCUCCGGCCGGGCUACUCAUCUGGACCGUGCCGCCCGCUCGUCGCGACCAGGCCUUCACCUUUGCCUUCUCCGUGGCGGACGAGUGCAACGCCAACAGCAAGUACCUCGUCCAGGUGACGGUGCGUGCCUGCGAGUGCACCAAUAGCGGCACGUGCAUGACGGACGUGGCGUUUCCUCCGGGGAGCGGCGAGUACCUCUGUUCCUGUCUACCCGGGUUCCGUGGUGCCCGUUGCCAGAACGACGUGGACGAGUGCCUGUCGGCUCCCUGCGGCCCCGGGCGCUGCGUGGAUGGAGCGAACAACUACACGUGUGUGUGUCCACCGGGAUACCGUGGUCCCACCUGCCAGGAUGACGUUAAUGAGUGCACCCGGUCACCGUGCUUCCCUGGAGUCGUUUGCAUCAACUCGUACGGAUCGUUCCGCUGCGGGGACUGCCCACCGUGGGCGCGGGGAGAUGGCGCCACGUGCACGCCGCUCGCAGGACCUGCCCGUGUUGCCGCCGGCACUUACGACGGUGGAAUUUUGGGUCCCGAGGACGCUCCACUCCCGCCGGCGGUGGCAUCAUCUGGGCCCCCGCUGCCUGCAGGCUCCCAGCAGCGGCGUCCCAGCCCUGUUGGUGAUGCAGUUGUGCUAGAAAGGCCAAGUCCAGGGAGUCAGCCGGUUGGGAGGGCCUCACCCCCCGGGCCGUGCAGCAGCAGCCCCUGCUUUCCCGGUGUUGCGUGCUUCGAGCGCCGGCCGCCACAAUCUGGGUACUCGUGCGGCCGCUGUCCCCCGGGUUUCCACGGCAAUGGACGUGUGUGCACAAGGAGCCCCCGCAACGGCCUGAGGCAGCCUGAACCUCCUGCUCAAAACAGCGAGAAGGGCAGAGCUAUUCCCACCACUCCUUCCUAUGCAGCGCUUUCUGAUGUGCUCAGCAAACAAAGUCAUUCCAUACACGAGAAAUCUGUUGCUGUUAUUCCCACCCUUCUGCCACCCCCCAGCCUAAAGGCCGUGCAGGGUGCUGAUCAAAAGGUCACUAAGCCUUUUGAUGUUCAAAAUCCACCAAAUCAACCAACUCGAAUGAAAAAUCUGAACUCUGAUGUAACGGAUCGUCCUAAAAUCGUUGAUAAUCCUCUGUUACGGGCAGUCGUGAAGGUCCCUGUGCAGCUAGUCCCCCCUCUCCUUUCACGGUUAAGUGGCUCAGGACAGAAUGCCAAAAUUCCAGGCCAGGCCAAAAUUCCAGACCAGGACAAACUUGAGCCCCAACUGCAGGGACGACUGCAAACAACUUUCCAAGGCAGUGACAAGCCCGAUUCGUUACGCCCGACUUCACAGCCAGUGACCAGGCCUCUGCAACAGCCGCGGCUUAGUCUGCCGCUGGAACGAUCAAGCGUACAUUUGCGCUCAACCCCCAAUCGAUCGCCGUUGGGAAUCUCGGGAGGGCCGUGGAUGCACUUGAAUCCAAACCCAGAGCGACCCCUAUCCCGCCGACGGCUCGGAGUUCAGUAUUCCUCCGCGCAGAGGUAUUCACCUCGGCACAGGGUCGGGGUGCCGCUGGUGCGGUCGGUCAUUCGUCUGCAGGCGAGGGCCUCCCUCACUGCCCGCGUGGCCACCUCCAGUCCCUUCAUGACCCUGCCGCCGGAGAGUGCCUUUCCCCACCCUGCCAUUACGCCGGAGCUGGAUCCAUAUCCCCGCCAGCUAACAGAUGCCAUUGCUUUUUACGGCGUACAGAAUAACGUGGAUGGAACAGGGCAUUGCUCGAUGCCUUGCGGUAAGAACAUGGAGUGCGCCGCUCCAAAUGCGUGCCGUUGUAGACCUGGCUACACCGGAUACAAGUGUCUCACCGCGAUCUGCAGGCCCGACUGCCGCAACCGUGGCAAGUGCGUGAGGCCAGACGUGUGUGAAUGUCUGCCCGGCUAUAAUGGGCACAACUGCGAGGAAGCGGUCUGUAGUCCUGCGUGUGAACACGGAGGCACGUGCGCGUCCCGAGACCACUGCUCGUGUCCGUACGGGUUUGUGGGCCCUCGCUGCGAGACCAUGGUGUGCAAUCGGCACUGUGAGAAUGGAGGGGAGUGCAUCGCUCCGGAUGUUUGCCAAUGUAAGGCGGGUUGGAAUGGACCCACCUGCAGCAAUGCGGCCUGCCAUCCCGUGUGCCUUAACGGAGGAACCUGCGUCCGGCCACACGUGUGUGCCUGUCCCCAGGGCUUCUUUGGGCCGUACUGCCAGAAUGCCAUAUGCUCCCCGGCCUGCAAGAAUGGGGGCCACUGCAUGAGGAACAACGUGUGCUCCUGCCCUGAGGGAUACAUGGGCAAGCGCUGCCAGGAGAGUGUCUGUGAUCCGACAUGUCUCAACGGAGGGAAAUGUGUGGGGCCCAACAUCUGCUCGUGCCCGUCCGGUUGGAAAGGCAAGAAAUGUAACAAACCAAUGUGUCUACAGAAAUGCAAGAAUGGAGGCGAGUGUAUUCGCCCCAAUACCUGCCUAUGUCCACCGGGCUGGGAGGGAGCGCAGUGCCAAAACCCCACUUGCCACACCAAGUGCCAGUUCGGGAGCAAGUGUGUGCAGCCCAACUUGUGUGCGUGCCGUCCCGGAUUUGCAGGCCUGGUUUGUCACAGAAAGAUUACGUUGGGGUGAGCUGACAAGCAGAAGAAUUUCUGGGAAAUCCUUCAAAUAUAUAUACGAAUGCUGCUCGCAAAACGAAGUGCUGCGCUGUUACAGUGCCCACGUGACACCACUGUGACGUGGGCUUCCACCUGAAUGCGCUUGUUUGAUUGGUGCUGCAUCACUGUAUACAUGUCCUUGUGCUCAGAAAUUAUUAUACGAUUUUUUUAACAGGCCAAAAAAAACAAAAAUGUAUAAUUUAUUUUAUAUUUCACAAUAGAGCAGUGGUAGACAAUGCAAUUGCCACUUCAACUGUUCACAUAACCACUCGCUGUUCCACUCUGACAACCUGUGGUCACGUAUCUACCUCUGUGCUCACUUCUUUAAACAACACAAAAGCAUUGGGCCAUUUCUGGGGCAUUGCAGUUUUGUAGGAUUUAUUUAAGCGUACCACGCAAACAAUGCCUUUCUAAUAAUAUUGUAACAUGACCGUUUCAGAUGAGAAACACUUAUUCUGUAUUGUAGUGCAUUGAUAGGAUUAACAGGCAUCAUGAUAUUCCUUGAAAUAUUUGGUUUUGUAAUAGUUUUAGAAGUUGUUUCAAGAAAAUUUUGCUUUUUUAUCACUUUGGUUUGUUGUAGUUAUUGUUUUGUUAUUGGGAUUUAUUUUUCUAAAUCGAUUUCUAUCAUAGCCACGUGUGUGCACAAUUGUCAGUCAGAAAACUU